GAUAAUUUUCUUAAUUAAAAUGGAGGACGACAUGGCAAAAUGAAAUGCUAUCCUCCUUCAGCUUCCACAUAUACAAGCUGCUUACCAAUGAACUGAUUCAAAGCCCAAAAAUGGCGUGCAGAGUUCAACACUCCUUGCAAAGCAGCCUCCGCCUUUUCUCCUCAUCUUCGUCUCCCUUUGUGCGCACCUCCGUCAAGUAUCCAACAGUGCGCUUCAGAAAUCCAAAUCACAGAGCUUUCUACUGCACUUGCGCCGCCGUGGACCCUUUUAUCGUCACCACACCGCUCUACUACGUAAAUGCCCCUCCGCAUAUGGGAAGCGCCUACACCACUAUCGCCGCCGAUGCAAUUUCCCGUUUCCAGAGGCUUCUAGGGAAGAAGGUUAUAUUUAUAACCGGCACGGACGAGCAUGGGGAAAAGAUUGCUACUUCUGCAGCUGCCAGUGGUUCCAGCCCCGGAGAACAUUGUGAUACGAUUUCACAAGCUUACAAGGCAAUCUGGACUGAGUUGAACAUAUCUUAUGACAAGUUCAUUCGCACGACCAAUCCCAAUCAUGAAGCCAUUGUCCAUGAAUUCUAUGCCAAAGUUCUUGCCAAUGGUGAUAUCUACCGUGCUGAGUAUGAGGGACUGUACUGUGUCAACUGUGAGGAAUACAAGGAUGAAAAGGAAUUGUUGGAGAAUAAUUGCUGCCCAAUGCACCUGAAGCCAUGUGAAUGGAGGAAGGAAGACAAUUACUUUUUUGCACUAUCAAAGUAUCAAAAGCGACUAGAACAGAUUUUAUCGGAGAACCCAGACUUUGUGAAGCCUUCUUUUCGUUUGAAUGAGGUGCAAGGUUGGGUAAAAAGUGGCCUUAGAGAUUUCUCCAUUUCUCGAGCAUCAGUGAACUGGGGAAUCCCUGUCCCUAAUGAUGCUAAGCAGACUAUAUAUGUAUGGUUUGAUGCUUUACUGGGUUACUUAUCUGCUCUUUCAGAGGAUAAUAAUGAGCCUAACUUACAUGCAGCCAUAUCGUCUGGUUGGCCUGCAUCGGUACACUUAAUCGGGAAGGACAUAUUGCGGUUUCAUGCAGUUUAUUGGCCCGCAAUGUUGAUGUCUGCUGGAAUAAGCCUGCCAAACAAGGUUUUUGGGCAUGGAUUCUUGACGAAGGAUGGAUUAAAAAUGGGGAAAUCGCUUGGAAAUACUCUUGAACCGACAGACUUGGUGCAAAAAUUCGGAGCUGAUGCAGUGAGGUAUUUCUUCCUCAAGGAGGUGGAAUUUGGUAGUGAUGGGGACUACUCAGAGGACCGUUUCAUCAAUAUUAUCAAUGCAAAUCUUGCAAAUACCAUAGGUAAUCUUCUUAAUCGUACACUUGGACUUCUGAAAAAGAAUUGUCAAUCCACAAUUACCAUUGAUUCAGCAAUUGCAGCAGAACAAAAUGCAUUCAGGGAUACUGUGGAAAAGCUGGUGGAGAAAGCCAGGCAGCACUAUGAGAAUCUCGAAUUGUCAUCAGCUUGUGCAGCUGUGCUAGAGAUUGGCAAUACUGGGAAUGUAUAUAUCGAUGGAAAAGCGCCAUGGUUACUUUUUAAGCAAGGGGAGUCUGCUUUCGAAUCUGCAUCCAAGGACUUGGUAAAUGUAUUAGAAGCAAUGAGGAUUGUGGCCGUUGCUAUAUCUCCUAUUACCCCAAGUUUGGCUUUGAGAAUCUACACCCAGCUCGGCUUCUCCGAAGACCAAUUCUAUGCCGUCACCUGGAAUGACACCAGGUGGGGUGGGCUUAAGCAAGGUCAUGUCACGGCUCUGCCAACGCCCGUUUUUGCUAGAAUCGAGCUUGAAGCUGACUUGAAGGGUGACUCAAGUGAAACAAAGAAAGCAAGUAAGAAAAAGGAGAAGCAGAAGGCUCAAAAGGCAGUUGAGGCUUAGAUAUCAUUUGUUCUCCGAAGAGCAAUUUAAACCUCACCCGUGUCAUAAAUGGUGCGAAUAUGAAUGUCUGAUAUGGCUAUUGUGCACAUGAUUUAUUUUUUCUUUUAUAUUUGUUGAGCAAUAGCCAGAAUUUGGUGAUUCUCUUCGUAUGAUGAUGAUCAAAGUCUUGGCUUCGAUUGCAUCGAAGUAUGAUGAUGAUCGAAGUCUUGGCUUCGAUUGCAUCAAAGAGACAUUGCAGUUGGGUAGUAAUUUUGUUGGCAUAGUACAUUUUGAUUCCGGUGAUUCAUUGCGACAUAAAUUUUAUUUUGUUAUACCUUUGUUCCUAAUAGUUUUAAGUUUUUGCAUUUCAG